AGAGCGGCCGCCUACCGCGGGAAAAGUUUAGCUGUAAUUUGAGCAUUUGGCAGCGGUGUUCAGGGCAGAAUCUCUCCUAAGCGAUGGGGGUAGCGGGACUUUUCGGAAGAUGAUCAGCUUUGCACGUCGUAGCGACUGCCACAUCAUUCUGUUUAUGGACAACAAAAUGCUAACAGUUUUCAUACUUUUGAGCGCUCUAGCGACAUGCAUGAGCGCCCAACGACAAUGUGCACCGGCGGAAAUAGCAAUAGGAAGAUGCAGAACACCUGCAGAAAAGAGAGUGGAGUGUAAAGACCUGGUGCUCGGCUACUGCCAGGACGUGCCCUACAGCUACACCACAUUCCCCAACAUUGUGGGCCACCGUACACGGCAGGAUUUAGAGAUGGGUGCAGAGUACCUACUCUUGAGUGUGAUCCAUGGGCUGCUGAAUGGGGAGUGUUCUCCAGACAUCCGUCUGUUGGGCUGCUCAGUGUUGGCUCCCCGUUGUCAAGAUGACAGACUUAUGAAGCCAUGCCGAAGCUCGUGUGAGAUGGUGAAAAAGAGCUGUGUUCAUGCCUUUGAAGCCAUCGAAAUGGCAUGGCCAUACUUUUUGGACUGUGACCGAUUCUUUGUUGGUGAGGAGGAGGGUUGUUAUGACCCAUUGUCAGAGCUGAGAGAAAAGCAGGAGGUGGCCUUGGCCAACAUAUCUGAUGGUGGACUUUCCACUGUCCUCCAGUUCACUUACCACUCAAACUCUCAGAUGUUCAGUAUUCUGAAGAAGACAGCAGCUAAAUGCCCCCAUAUCUCACGCACAUACAGCAUUGGACGCAGUGUGGAGGGCAAAGACUUACUGGUUAUUGAAUUCUCCACUAACCCUGGACAACAUGACCUAUUGGAGCCCGAGAUGAAAUUUAUUGGGAACAUGCAUGGAAAUGAGGUGCUGGGCAGGCAGCUGCUGAUCUAUCUGGUUCAGUAUCUGUGCUCUGAGUAUAUGCUGGGGAACGAGCGGAUUCAGACCAUCAUUAACACCACACGCAUCCAUAUUCUGCCCUCCAUGAAUCCUGAUGGCUAUGAGAUUGCCGCCUCUGAGGUAGCCGAUAGGAACGACCCUGAAAACAUCUACCAUGAAGGCCAUGAGUACAAUGGAUGGACCAGCGGCCGGGCCAAUGCCCAGAAUAUUGAUCUGAACCGCAACUUCCCUGACCUCACCUUCAUCUUCUACAAUCGCCGUCGCUUCAGACAUUUCCGUAGUGACCACAUUCCUAUCCCUGACUCCUACUGGUUAAAUAAGGUGAUUGCACCUGAGACCUAUGCUAUAAUGAAGUGGAUAAGAUCCAUACCUUUUGUUAUAUCUGCCAGUAUGCAUGGAGGAGAACUGGUCAUCUCAUAUCCUUUUGACUUCUCAAGACAUCCCGAUGAAGAGAAGAUGUUCUCACCAACACCAGAUGAACAAAUUUUUAGGCAGCUUGCUAGGAUAUAUGCAGAUGCCCAUGCCACUAUGUCCAACAAUGACACAGAGAGAUGUGGAGCCUCAUUUGCCAAUAAAGGAGGGAUAACCAAUGGAGCACAGUGGUAUAGCUUUGCUGGAGGGAUGUCAGACUUUAACUACCUGCACAGUAACUGUUAUGAGAUCACUGUGGAGUUGGGCUGUGAUAAAUUCCCUUCUGAGGUGGAGCUCUACCCUGAAUGGCUCAGGAAUAAGGAGGCACUGCUCAGCUUCAUGGAGUCUGUCCACAGAGGCAUAAAGGGCAUUGUGAAGGAUGAGCACGGCAAUGGCAUUAAAGGAGCCACAAUAUCUAUUAAGGGAUUGCGGCAUGACAUCACUACAGCUGAGGAUGGUGAUUACUGGAGAUUGUUGAAUCCAGGUGUCCACAUUGUGACCGCAGCUGCCUCUGGCUACUCUAAAGUGACCAAGCGCAUUAACUUGCCAAGAAACACGCAGCUGGGCCGGGUAGACUUUGUAUUGAAGAAGGUCCCACGAGAACCCUCUCUUGACUACUUCAACAUCCCCGAACUGGACAACUAUGAGCGCUUCGACCCGUUUAAUCAGUUUGAGCAGUACAGCCAGAGGGAGCUUGGAGAGAAUGGAGAGGAGAGGACUGAAAAGCCGUGGUGGUGGGCUUAUUUCAGCCAGUUAGGCAUAUCUGCACCUACCUGGCUUCUACGGAACUACUAGGGACCCUCAGGACACCACUGGAGAGCAACUUGAUCCACUUUUUUCAGCCAAUCCCUACUUGAUGAUUUCCAUUAUGAGGGUAACAUUUACUCCAUAUGACAUACCAGAUGUGCAGAUUACCACAGGGCAUUGUGAAGGUAUUAUUGCCAUAAAUACUGUCUUAUAUAUCGGACUGGCAUCAUAGUUACAGAAUCCUGCUAUAAAAGAAAAAGUGGCUUUCACAAACCCCCAAAUGUAGCUAUAAACAUCUUAUUCUGAUAAAGUUUGGCAGCUAGAUAAUGGUUGGCUGUAAGAUGAUAAAUGAUAGCAUUGCUGUGGCUUAUGGGGUUUGUUCUUAUCAGGGCACAUUUGUACAUUUAGACUUUGUUUUAGCACAGAUAAUCAGGACAUUACUUUUGAGGCUGUUAUUAAAGUGUUAUAAGUGCUGUUCAUUUUAAAUAAGCCACUAGUUUUUUUGUAUUGCCCUUCAAACAUGAGGGCGGAACAUCCGCUAGCUUGUGCAAGAUGAAUAAAAGAACAAAUUUUCAAAUUCUAUGCAAUUUAUGUUUUUUUUUUCAUUCUGUUAGCAUUGGAAUUGGAUUACCGCAAUUAUUUAUAUACGAUGGGGCAAGCAAAUGUCAUGCAAAUCAAGAAAUACCAUUUUAAAAACCCUGUUAUAGUCAUGUUCGUUAACAGUAGAUUUAAAAUAAGUGUUCUUCGUUAAGUCUCUUUUAUAAUACUCAGUGUUUUUUUAUUUAUAUAAACAUGUAUUUAGUAGGCUGUUAUGUAAAAUCAUGUCAUGAACGUUAAAUGCAGUUUGGAUGCUACUUUCUUAAGCCACUAGAUGGCAACAAAGUCUUUAUAAUGAAGUCCAGCUGUGCCUGAUGUCUAUAAGGGUAAGAUUACAUAGCACAAGUGUAAGCCACUACUGAGAAUGCUAUUGGUUUGAUUUGAGCACAUUUUGUUGAUGUAAAAUAAAUUAUUAGUUUUAACAUCAUGCUAACAAAAGCUCUGUUGGAAUCUUUAAGACCUCGUCUAUCACACAGUUCGAACAAAACUGCACGAUUUCUGCUCUAGAACUUGGCGAAUUCCUGUAAAGUCACUAUUUACUAUAAACUUCAUGACUUUUCACAUUCUUAUACUUUGGUUAUUUAGUUACUAUAACCAUCAACACAACACAAUAUUCAAAGUAUUUCUGUUAUAUUAUUACAAACAGUAAUAGUUUUGUCUGUAUGAUUGUCCACAGUGCCUUGAACUGAUCUUUGCUCUAUCUCAGCAGUCAUAGUUGUAAGCACAACCACUAUACAUUUGCCUUCAAACCACUUUAUUACUGACCCAUAAAUGAACCAGUGGCACAGGUUAAUCCAAUGCCCCAAUCACUUUAAUUAAUCUUAGAAAGACCUAUAGUAUAGUAAUGUAUACAUAAGAAUUCAUAUACUUGGAUCCUCCUGUAGAUGAAAGAGUAAGUACAAUAUUAGCCAAGUGUUGAAGGAGAGGAAUUAUUGUUUUACAUUUACACGCCAAGUGUUACAGGAGGGGUAUUAUAUUGUUUUUCAGUUGGCUCUAGUCUCCAAAGCUAUUUUAUAUCAGCAUUAUUUCUGAAUAUUACACCUCCAGAGAAGAACAAUAAUCUGCACACCUAAUUAAGAGUACGAUAUUAAAUGUAAAGUGUAUAACAAUAAUUUGAGUAUAGCAGUACUUUCAGAGUGCAAAUGGCUAAGGAGGACAAAGUCCCCAUGGAGCUUUGAACUCUUUGGAUAUUUUAGGCUUUAAAAAUGUUAUAAUUAAUGUGCAUAAUUAACACAUAUAUACAAUAAAAAUGUAUCAUGGUCUGCUCACACAUUCAGUAUGUUAACCAAUGUAUGGAUAAAAAGCCUAUCCUACCGCAACAAAAAUGAUUCGGAAUGAUUGAUUUUCUUCUAACCAACGUGACUGCCUUGAGUGAAAUCUGCAAAUGUCAACCCCAUAAAGCUGAAAAACCUAUUGUAUGAAAUGUAUUAGAUGUCUAUUGCCUCCUGGUGAAGGUUUCUGUGCUCUUCUGGAAGUAGAAGACCUUGUAAUAUCAUUUCUAAAAUGGCUGCCUUCAUAUUAUGAAGCAGAUGUAUUUUUGCUGUGAAAUCUUUGCAGAUGUUGAUAAAGUAAAAGAAACAAUAACAUUAUUAGUGUUACUAAUAUUUCAAAAUGAGUAUUUGCUGAAUUGAAUC